AUGGAGGCGGACCUCAACCUCUCCCAGUCGCUGGGGGGCUUACGGAUAGCGAACCCUGACAACAGCCUGUCGCCCGUUUCAUCCAGAGGAGAUUCCAUCAAUCGUGGCGCCUCCGUAUCACCGCUAUCGGGCAAGCCACCCGACACUCUGAACAAUGGGGCGGAACGAGCUCACUCACCUCUUACGCCCAGUCUAUCCUCCGCCGACCUUCUUCGCACAUCGUCGCCCUUAGAUUUCAAUCCGAAGGCCUUCUCGACCGACGCGGCGUUUGCGGAUCGGCGACAGACUCCAGUCGAGAAACCGGCUUCUCCAAAGCCACAGGCCCACAAGUCUAAUCUCAACGCCCAACGGUACGCCAACCGUCAGUCAAUCCCCUUCACGUACCAAGAUCAACAGCAAGCCCAAUUUCCUCAAUACCCCACAAUGAUGCCGCUAAGCCAAAGGAGCGCCAGCUCAGCCACACGGCCUGUUUCAGCUAUGUAUACGCAAGCACCAAGCACCAUCGGAGAGGUUCCUAAAAGCCCCGAACCAAGUCGCCUACACAAAGAAUCUUCUAGAUCAUCUAUGUAUGGUACAGCAGGUCUACGAAGAAGCAGCUCCAGGGCAGCAGCUACGGCAAUGCAAGCUGGUGUACCAAUCGGGGAAGCAAGCCACACAGAAAGAGCAUACAAGCAGAGUCCGAUGUACAGUUCAAACGGGGGGCUGCCGCCGCGAAAGAGCUCAAGAGGGAUGGGUUCGACGCAAAUGCAGCAGCCGACACCACAUCGGGGUGAUUCGCAAUCAGGGAAUCCAUAUGGGCUGGAGGGUGGUCCGAUGAAGAGUAGCGAAGAGUGGCAGGAGAAAGGCGCUGCAGUAGGUUUGCGCAAGGAAGUUGAUGCCAAUGGCAACCAAGUUCUCAAGCACGUCAAAAAGGGCGUCAAGGACUUCAAAUUUGGACGGACUUUAGGUGAGGGCUCGUACAGUACGGUCAUGGCAGCAACAGACAGGCAGACGGGUAAAGAGUACGCUAUCAAGGUAUUAGACAAGCGCCACAUCAUCAAAGAGAAAAAAGUGAAAUACGUCAACAUCGAGAAGGACACCCUCAAUCGGUUGACGGACCAUCCAGGCGUGGUGCGCCUGUACUAUACCUUUCAGGAUGAACAAUCGUUAUACUUUGUUCUAGACCUAGCCAGUAGCGGGGAACUUCUCGGUGUACUGAAGCGGACGACAACAUUCGACGAAGAAUGCACUAGAUUUUACUGCGCCGAAAUACUAGACACCAUCGAUUACAUGCACGCAAGAGGCGUGAUCCAUCGUGAUUUGAAGCCGGAGAAUGUGCUCUUAGAUGAUCACAUGCAUGUCAAGAUUACAGACUUUGGAACGGCGAAGAUACUCGAACUUCCGAAGAGACCACCAAAGGAUAGUCUGGGUAACGUGCAGCCACCUACAGGGGACCCAAUGGAUGGUUCUGAGGAUAACCGAGCAAACUCCUUUGUUGGCACAGCGGAGUAUGUCAGUCCCGAGCUGCUUACGGACAAAAAGGCAUGCAAAGCUAGUGAUCUUUGGGCAUUCGGAUGCAUAGUGUAUCAGCUACUAGCAGGAAGACCCCCUUUUAAGGCUGGCAACGAGUAUCUAACUUUUCAGAAGAUCGUGGCUUUGGAAUAUACAUUUCCGAGAGGCUUUCCGGAAGUUGCCAAGGAUUUGGUCGAAAGACUGCUUGUGCUGGACCCAGCGAGCCGGCUGUCAAUAGAACACGUAAAAAAUCAUCAGUUUUUCGAUGGAGUGGCAUGGGGUAAGGGAUUGUGGAGGCAGAAAACGCCGACCCUGAAGCCUUUCAUACCAGCACCUGCAGAGCCUAUGAAGCUCAACGGUUUCUCAAGUGGGGCCAGCUAUCCACCAAACAUCGCGCCGUCGCACAGUGUAUCCGAAAAGCGAGUCGAAACACCUGGCAGUAGUGUACCAAGACCAAGUCCCCGGAUAAUCACCGAACUUCCACCACCGAGCCAGCUGGACAUCGAAUGGUCACCUGUAUUGACCAACGUCAACGAGCGCAUCCUGAAGCUCGGCAACCUGCUUGUAAACACUACACCAGGACCCCACAGCCCCAACAACAAGAAUGGACUAUCGAAUGGUGAUAGUGAAGCGCCGAAGAAGUUAUCACGCUUUUUUGGCGGUGGAAACGCAGCUAAGAAACGCCAACGACUUGUAAUGGUCACCACCAGUGCGCGUAUCAUCAUUGUCGCGGCAGGCGGCGAGGACAAGAAGUCAAAGGUCGAGAUCGAUGUCCGGAGUGCUGGCUGCACGUGGAAUAAGAUGCAGGAUCCGAAGGGCUUGACGUACUGGUGUGUUGAUACUCCAGAUAAACAUUACACCUUCGAGUCCCCUGCCACGACAUCAGCUUCAGAUCUUGGCUCCGCAACGUCCGCCCAAGCUCAAGAAUGGCUCGACGUAAUCGACCGCUCGCGCGAAAUCGCUUUCGCUCAAUCUAUCGGCUCCGGAAAUUCCUACACCGGCGAGGAUCAAUUAAAGGACUUGCAAUCCGUGACAGCAACUACUGGAAGCACACGGGCACUAGAUCUAGACUCGCCUGGCGGUGCGCUCAGUAGCGGCAUGGGCAGUAUAGGUGGCAACUUGGGCGUAGAUAGUAGUAGGAACACACUGCAUAAGUCGCCGCAGCAGGAUCGCGAUGAAGGCUUCAUUGGCCGGAAGAGAUUUAGCAAGCGGGCGAGCAAGAGUGGACUGGCCGCAGUGUUUUGA